CAAAACGGCAGGCCUACAGUUUUAUGGUCUUUUAGUCUCUGAUGAGAGGAAUUAUACUAAUUUUAGCACUAACCAUUUAUAUAACAAGUGCAGCAGAAAGUUUUUUACAUGCAGAACUGGAAGAUGACACAGAAGCAGAGAUAGCUGAUUGGAGUGAUGUGAAAACAGAUGGGAAAAUAAGACUUAUUACGUUUUUAAUUGGAAUUGAUUCAGCUAUGACAAGGUACUACAACUAUGACGAGGCGCGUAUACGAUCUGCCAUGAUUGUUCUAAUGCACACUGUGAAUCAAUAUUUUUACCCACUCAAUAUCCGCCUAUCAAUUAUUGAUAUCCUUCCCGUAAAAGGAACUAAUAUGGGACUCGAUGAUUUCAUAUCUUGGAAAAAAGAACAACAGAACUUGAUUGAGCAUGACGUCACCGUGUUACUAAGACACAAUUAUGAAGGAGGAAUUGCAUAUUCAAAUGGAAUUUGCUCGAAAAAUAGUCUGAUGAUUUCGGGUUUUCUACCGGAUGCAACAAUGAAUAAUGCAUGGGUCUUUAUGCAUCAAUUAGCUCAUGUAAUUGGUCUAACACAUAAACAGCAAACAAAAUGUGAAUGCAACACGGCAAUAAAUGGAAGGUGCCUCAAACUAAGCGGGUUUCCUGAAUGCAGUGUUCAAGAGAUGGUCGAUAAACUUUCAAAUAGCAGUUGUCUUAUACAAGAAUCGCCUAGUUUUGCAAAGAAUACGGUUGUUCCAAAGAAAGGGUCUCUGCCUGUGUGCGGAAAUGGAUUGCAGGAAGAUGAAGAAGAAUGUGAUUGUGGUCCAGAAAGAUUUUGUGACAACAUUCUGUGCGAUGCGGUCAAGUGCAGGUUCAUUGUUCAAAAAGCAUAUCUUACAACUUUUAUUCCAUUGGGCUUUGCUUUUAUUGCUUUUGUCAUUCUACUCUUUGGGAAGUACUGCUUAUGCUCUCUGUUUGCAUCAUUAAGAAAUACUGGACAUAGAGAACAAAUGGAAAAGAACCGCGGGGACAUUGAAAAUUUGAAUGACGUGGACGUCGAGCAAGCGCCUGUUAGGAUGAGAGUGUCACGAAACGAAGAACCCACAAUUCCAGUGGAAAAUCGAAGAACACGAUUGAGCGACCUAUAUGUUACUAUGCGACCGAUAUCAAGGUUUUGGGAAAAGUUUCAUAAACAGAAAGAUGGAUCUGUCGCGCCCAUUUAACCUUCACUUUAAAUUUAUUUGUUCUAUUUUUCAAUCCGGUGGUUUCAUUAGUCAGUAAAUACGGGUUGAUAUGUGCAUACUUGUAGUUUCAUUGCGAAAAUAAAUAAUAUAUUAAAUAAAA